UACUAAAUCUUUAAUGAAACUGAAACCGGUUCCAUUAAUAAAUUGGACAAUGGCGACUGUCUGAAGAAAAUUCCCGCUUUUCGCAACAAACACUGGAUAUUAUCAUUUUGACAGUAGAGAUAACUUGGUCCACACAAUAGUCCAAAGCAUUUGAUUAAAUAGAAUUAAUAAGUUAGAUCUACCAAGAAAAAAAAAAAAAAAUGUCUACACCCACAGAUAAUUUACGAAGUUCUGCUCAGAAAGCAGCUGCUGCUCUCGCUGCCACUGCCUUGGCAUCUACCAUUAAAGAAGAAAAUAAUCCUGUCAUUGAUUGGAAGAAAACGGUCAGAUCAGAAUAUAUGAAAUUACGUCAGCUGCGAAGAUUUAAAAGAUCAGAAGAAGUAAAGACAGCAUGGACAGCCAAUAGAAAACAUAUUGAUGAACAACUGGAGAAGCUCUCGUCUUUCUUAAACGAUCAACCACAAAAUCAAUCUCUUAGAGUUCGAGAAACAUUUAGUAGUAUCCCUGUCACCAGAAAGUGUGAGGUUAUAAACAAGAUGAAUAUGCCGAAUCAGACAGUACCGUUACGAGUGAUGAAUGCACUAAAGAUGAUACCAACUAUGUACUGUUGGGCACCGCUACAUCAAAAUUUUAUGGUCGAAGAUGAAACAGUUCUACACAACAUACCAUAUAUGGGAGACGAUAUUCUUGAUAAAGACUGUUCUUUCAUUGAAGAAUUGUUAAAAAAUUACGAAGGAAAAGUUCACGGAGAAAGACAAUCCAAUUUUAUGAGUGAUGAUUUAUUUGUGGAACUUGUGACCAAUCUUCAUGCUAAUUAUCCACAUAUUGACGACCAAGGCUAUAAAAUAGACGAUGAUGAUAAAUUGAUACCUCUGCCAAAAGAUAAUUGUGUACAAGACGUUAUAUUUGAAUCUAUUUCCGAAUUAUGUCCAGAAAAAGGAAGCCCGGAAGAAUUGAAAGAAAAAUAUCGAGAACUAAAUGAAAUUAGCGAUCCAAAUAUUCUACCUCCAGAAUGUACGCCUAAUAUAGAUGGACCAAACGCCAAGUCAGUACCCCGAGAACAGACCUUACACUCGUUUCAUACUCUCUUCUGUAGAAGAUGUUUUAAAUACGACUGUUUCCUUCAUCCGUAUCAUCCAACACCAAGCAUGCUAACGAGAAAAAUGUCUGAUAAAAAACAGGAGAAUGAGCCGUGUGGUGUGGAAUGUUUUCUACAUAUGGUUGAUGUUCAGCAGCAGCAAAAGAAUCAAAAAGAGGCUAUGGAGGAGAAGAACAAAGUGGACGACGCCGAAGAUAGUAACGAAUCUACGAAAGCAUCAUCUGGUGGGAGGUAUGGUAGAAAACGUAAAACAAAUGGUUGUGUUAGUAGUGGUGAAGAUAGCGAAAAAAGUAACGAUGCUGUUGAUGUUGAAAUAAAAUUUCCUGUGAGGAAGCAGCCAGCUGAUCCUGUAUGGAACGGUGCCGAGGAGUCGCUGUUCCGAGUUUUACACGAUAUGUAUCGUAAUAAUUAUUGUGCUAUUUCUAAAAUAAUCGGCACAAAGGAAUGCAAGCAGGUGUAUGAAUUUGCUAUAAAGGAAGAAGCUCACAUGCCAGAUUUUAAUGAAGAAAGAAUACAAACUCCACCACGAAAGAAGAAGAAGAAACAAAAAUUAUGGUCAAUGCACUGUCGUAAAAUCCAGUUGAAGAAAGAUGGCUCCCCGAAUCCUGUGUAUAAUUACACACCAUGUGACCACCCCGGACAGAGAUGUGACGAAUCAUGUCCAUGUAUCAUGGCACAAAACUUCUGUGAAAAAUUCUGUCAGUGUAGCAGUGACUGUCAGAAUCGAUUUCCAGGUUGUCGAUGUAAAGCACAAUGUAAUACCAAACAGUGUCCAUGUUUUCUAGCUGUUAGAGAAUGUGAUCCAGACCUUUGUCAAACAUGUGGAGCAGAUCAAUUUGAUACCCCCAAAAUAUCAUGUAAAAACGUCAGUGUACAGAGAAGUCAGGGAAAGCAUUUAUUACUGGCUCCAUCGGAUGUUGCUGGUUGGGGAAUAUUUUUAAAAGAACCUGCAGAGAAAAAUGAGUUUAUAUCGGAAUAUUGUGGAGAGAUAAUUUCUCAAGAUGAAGCGGAUAGAAGAGGGAAAGUUUAUGAUAAAUAUAUGUGUAGUUUCUUAUUCAACUUAAAUAAUGAUUUUGUAGUUGAUGCUACUAGAAAAGGAAAUAAAAUCCGUUUUGCCAACCAUUCUAUAAAUCCUAAUUGUUAUGCCAAGGUGAUGAUGGUAAAUGGUGAUCAUAGAAUUGGUAUAUUUGCUAAACGAUCGAUACAGUCAGGAGAGGAAUUAUUCUUUGAUUACAGAUAUGGACCGACAGAACAGCUGCGGUUUGUGGGAAUAGAAAGAGAUGCAGAUAUCCCAUAGUAGAAACUAUGACUUGUUGUCAAUCAUCCAACUCAUCACAUUAUCAUCUUCAUCCGUCUUCGAUCAGACAAAAUGUCUAAACUGUUAACCAUGGCUAUCAAUUCAAAUAUUUACAUUAUUCCUGUUUAUACCAUUGUCAACCUCAGUACUAUUCCCAUCGUCCAUUAUUUAUUCACAAUCCUAAACACAGAUCAGAGAUUUAUAAAAUCUGUGUUGUUGGAAAUAUCACUACAACUUGCAUGGGGAUCAUGUAAUUGUGCUGUUUUAGUGAGAGUUUCUAUAGGAAAGUAGGAACACAAUACUUUUUGAGGAUUUUCAAUGAAUUUGAACAAUUAGCCAACAAUGGUUUGAAACUAAACAUUAAAUACAGAAACUCCUACUAAAACAACAUAACUAAACGAUACUCAAGUUGUAGGGUAUCUUUAUAUGACAGUUUCAUGUUAUGAAUUAUUUUCAUCAUUUUAAAUAGUUGUAUCUCAAACCCUGCCUUGUUAUAAUAAUGUAAGUGAACUAAAAAUAAAAUGAACAAAUUUUUCUAA